AUGUUGCCCUGCCUUCUUGGUCGCGCAUGCGCACAACCUGCGGCACUGCCCUUGAACAGUGCAGCCGCCAGACUUGGCAAAUGCAGCUUCUCCCCAUUUGCCAUCUCUGAUAUUCGAUUUAUUGCCACUCACAGCCCUCAUUUGCACAUUCCUUCCCCUCCCCCGCGAGAGUUCGAGCCAGAUGGCAGCCCCAAAGUGUAUCGCCUUACUCAGACCACGUACAACCACAAGUAUGACUGGCAGCGGUGGUAUUUGGCCCCAGUUGGCGUCUUUCACACAGUGUACAAGGGGCAGUUCGCAAGGGAUAGUCCCGCGCAUUAUGCAUGGCUGCUGCAGCAUAACAUGAUAGUGGCGUCUGUGCCGCUACUACUAUUUUCCCUAACUGUCGCCUUCAUGAUAACAACUUUCUCCCUCGUUGGUAUUCGGCCAAAGCGCUUCACGUUGGAAUGGAUGCUUGCAAACAAGGAGAGAGAAAGAGCAGAGAACAGCAAUCCGAUGACCCGCUAUUUAGACAGAAGGCGAAAAGAACGAGGUUCGAACUGGUUGCCGGAGAAGUACUUGUUGACUCAUCCAUUCUUGUCCGUGAAAAGUGAGACUCCAGCUGCUGACGCGGCUGCCAAAGAAUAA